GCCACGGGUGGUGGUAAAACUGUUGUAUUCUCCCACUUGAUCCCUCUAUUGAAACCAUCAACACCAAUGAGGGGCAAUAAAACAUUGGUUUUAGCCCAUAGGGAAGAACUCGUGAGCCAAGCAGCAUCAACUAUAUCGCGUAUUAAUCCUGAUUUAAAAGUGGAUAUUGAUAUGCGAUUCCAAAUACCUGAUCACGAAGAUGCUGAUGUAAUAGUUGGAUCAGUUCCAACAUUAGUUCGAAUGCUGAGGUUAGAGAGAUAUGAUCCUCAACAAUUUAAAACUAUUAUCUUGGAUGAAUGUCAUCAUGCAGCUGCGAAUUCUUGGAUUAAGAUUUUGAAAUAUUUUCAAGCUGAUCACUCUGAUCUGGAGAUAUAUGUAUUGGGAUUCACAGCUACUAUGGAAAGAAAUGAUGGAAAAAAACCUUGGAAUGAUGUUUGAUAAGAUAGUGUUUGAACGUAAUUUAUUGGAAAUGGUUUCUAAUAAGGAGUUAGUUGAUGUUAAAUUUUUAAGUAUGGAUCUUGAUAUUGAUUUAAGUCUGGUCAAGACAAAGCAAGAAGAUUAUGAUGUCAAUAACUUAUCUGAAGUGAUGAAUACUAGUGAUAAUAAUUUAAUGUUAGCAUUGUCCUAUCUUCAAUUGUCCAAACAAUAUGAUUUUAAAAGUACGUUAAUUUUCUGCGUGGAUAUUAAUCAUUGUAAGACUUUAUGUGGAGUAUUACAACGGCAAGGAAUCAAUGCACAAUAUGUUACAGGAGAUACAGCCAGAGUAGAACGUCAAGAAAUCAUUGCUGAUUUUAAACUAGGACUUAUUAAAGUUUUAUGUAAUGUUCAAGUUUUCACUGAAGGAACUGAUAUUCCCAAUAUAGAUUCAUUAUUCUUAGCUCGUCCUACUAAAUCGAGGUCAUUAUUGGUACAAAUGAUUGGAAGAGGCUUAAGACAUCAUAAAGAGAAAUCAUUAUGUUAUGUGAUAGAUAUGGUAGGUACAAGAGGUACGGGUAUUCAAUCUGUACCGACUUUAUUUUCAUUACCUGCCAACUUCCCUAUACAUGAGAAGUCAUAUCAGGAGUUGGCUGAAGAUAAAAAAGAAUUUGAUGAGCAAGAAGAGAUCAAUAAAGAGUUGGAAAGAAGAAAAAUUGAAUUGGAAACUCAUGAAAAAUUAAUCAAUAUACAAAAGAGGAAAGAUGAAUUAAUUUUAAAAUUCAAUUCAUUUGAAGGAUUCUUAGCCAUUGAAAGUCAUGACCUUGAAAAAUAUAAACAGAAUGUGACAGUUAAUCAAAUAUUCCGGGAUAAUUCGUUAUCAUGGAUUAGAUUGGAGUACGAUGUAUGGGGAUUACCGGUAAAUAAUAAUGAUUUCAUUUUAAUUAAGAGACUUAUGAAGGAAGAUUCUGAUGAGAUAGAGUUUGAAUUGACGUUAAAUAAGUUUGCAACUAAGGGACAAAUUGUACUGCUGAAUUUCAAAUGUCCUCGAGUGAUUAAACUCAGUUUGAUUGAGGUUAAUCCUAAUUUAGAGAAUAUUUUGAAUAAAUCAAUGGCAUUGUUUAAUAGUCAUGCCAAUGUUAGAUAUAGACAAAUGUUAAAAUUUGGAAAUCAUCCAUUGACUGAGAGACAAUUAGAAUAUUUGAAUGAUAAAUUAGGUAACCAAAUCAAAUAUUAUUAUAGUGAUACAGGUGAGAUCAGAGAUGAAUUAUUGAAUAAAUUACAAAAAAUGAGUAGAUCAAGAGCGGUAGGGUUAAUGUUUGCUCUUCAGUAUGGGACAAAAUCAUUAUGGGUUAAAUGGGAAUUGCAAAGGUUAUUGGGUCCUAAUAGAAAGACAAAUAAGAUUGUUAAGAAAUUGUUUGACCAGCAUGAAAAAGAGAACAUCCUGAUCCAAGGUAUUUCUAAUGAUAAAGUGAUUGAAAUGGCUGUAUCAAUGAGUUAAAUGAUACGAAUUAUAGCAAAUCAUGACAAACAUGAGUUGAGGCGGCUGGAUAAAGGAAACGAAUGAUAAAUAAAGGGAUUAAGCUAUGCAAAUCAGACUUGAGUUAGAGGUGUGUAUAUAGUUAUAAAAUAAAGGUACGAACUACACUAA